CAUCAUCAUAACAGACACGUUUUUGGUGCGCGACAGAUAAAUUGAUCGAGAAAUUGUAUAAUGUAGGUCCGGCGAACUGCGCCGAACGCUGGCUGAUAAAGUGUCAUUGUUAAUACCUUUUGUUUCUUUGUGAUUUCGCGACGAUACGGACGUGAAGAUAACAACUUCUUGUUUACCGUUUUAAGCCAGCCUUUAUUACAGUCGCUCAAGUAGUUCUCAAGCCUCAAGGUUUCAGAAAAAAACAACCAAUUGAAUUAUUUUUAAUGUGCAUGGGUGAUUGAUUAGUAGUUUAAGACUUUAAGUAGUCACUUGAAGCUUUGUCAAUGGUGUCCAACUGUGUUUUUGUAGGACUUUUAUCUGGCGAUGGCAACAAACAGGAGCGGUGCGGCGCAGCGGCCGAACGGCGCUCCACAAACGAAGGUCUGCCAGUUCAAGCUGGUGCUCCUCGGCGAGUCGGCGGUGGGCAAGUCCUCGCUGGUCCUCCGCUUCGUGAAGGGCCAGUUCCACGAAUACCAGGAGAGCACGAUCGGCGCCGCUUUCCUCACGCAGACCGUCUGUCUCGAUGACACUACGGUCAAGUUUGAGAUUUGGGACACGGCGGGGCAGGAAAGGUAUCACAGCUUAGCGCCGAUGUACUACAGAGGUGCGCAAGCGGCGAUCGUCGUAUAUGAUAUUACUAAUCAGGACACAUUCGGUCGCGCCAAGAACUGGGUGAAGGAGCUCCAACGGCAAGCUUCUCCGUCCAUAGUGAUAGCACUAGCGGGCAACAAGAGUGACUUGGCUGCCAAGCGCAUGGUCGAGUUCGAGGAGGCGCAGGCCUACGCGGACGAGAACGGCUUGCUGUUCAUGGAGACCAGCGCCAAGACCGCCAUGAAUGUUAACGACAUAUUCUUAGCUAUCGCGAACAAGUUACCAAAGAGCGAGGGCGGCGGCAGCGCGGCGGCGGGCGGCGCGCGGCGGCUGGGCGACGCCGAGCAGCCGCGCUCCUCCUCCUGCUGCAAGUGAUACCCACGUCUGACAAAACCGCCGUUAGGCUCAGGCGUGGUCGCGGGUUGAGGUAUGUAGUGACGUCACCGCCACGCGCCACUCGCCACCCGGCCUGCCCGCGCGGCCGCACAUACACGAGCCAUCUACUGCACGAGGCAGCGACAGCCGCCUCGCUGUAUGAGGCGAGGCGCAGUCGUGUCGUGUGCCUCGCCUCAUACAACCACCACAUAUGGCGGUUGUAGUAUAACAAUUCUAUGCUGCAUACAGUAUACGAUAUACUUUGUGCAGGGUAGAAUUGUUAUACUAAACAAAACAUCUAGAAACAUCGAGUUUGUCUCGUAUAAAAGUCUUUCGCAGUUUUCCAACGUUUCGUCUGCGCCUCGUGUGGUAUACGUUUUUUAUGUUUAUCAACAAAUUAGCGAAUUGUUAUCGAGUUAUGCCUCGCGGGGUGGUCUUUAGCUGUAUACAUAAUGUAUAUCUACUUAUUUCUUGCAAUAUUUAUCUUUAAAGUGACACGCCUCGCGAGCCUGCCUCGCCUCAUAUAUAUUUAUAUAAAGUGUGUUUGUACGUCCACGCGGGCCGCAUUAAAACAUUAUAUAAUAUUAAUAAAAACAAGCUAAUUAUAAAAAAAUGAUAACUAGUUUUAAAACUUAUUUGUAACUGUAAUGAAAAAUGUAAUAAAAAUGAUUAUAUUUACUUUCGUUUGUAUCAGAUAGCAGUGCACUGUGCCGUAGGGUUAACGAGAUUCCUUCGUUUUAGCAGUAAUUGAGCUUGUGUUAUACUAUUAAAUAUUAUACAAUAUACUUCACCUGAAGAUAAUACAACCGGGUAUAUAAACUUAGAAAAAAGGUCAUAAAAAAUUGCUAAAAACAGAAAGUUCAAUAGUUUUUAUUGAGCAUUUCUUCAGCUGAAGUAUAUUUGUAUAUAAAAUAGAAGCGUUUAUGUCAAAAUUAAUUGGUGAAGGUGCAUUUACAUUCGUGUAUCGUUACAUAUACAUUUAAUAUUAUUUUUAUCAUCUGUUCACUUCGUUGUGGCGGCAAAUAAAAUUAAUAUUUUCUUUAAUAAAAUCUCAACGUUUCACAUGAAAAAAAAAUAACCAUCUUAUGAAAAGUGCAGUUUUGUUUGUCGCCACAAAUCUAGCUGUCGUCUCAAUGUCUCAUGUUCAUUUACUUAUAAAUGUUAUUAUUUGUAUCUGCACUGUUUAGCGAAAUUUUUAUUUUAAUAAAUAUAUAUUCGUUUUUAAGUUUGAGAGAUCGGAAAUGAAUUUUAAUGACAAGUAUGUGUCUACAAUACGAAAAAGUUACGCUUCGUGGAAUAUAGUAAUUUUAUAUAAAUAUAGAGUAACAUUUAUAAGUAAGGAGUUUACUUCCCUCUGGGUAGUCACGUUCAUACGAUGAAGGUUCCAUGUAUGCCGACCCUUUCCCGCUCUAUGUAAGCUUCGCUCGAUACUUGUAUACUUCGUCUUUGUAGACUAAUUCCUGAAACUCAAUUGACUACAACUAAGUCCCCAAAUGGUCCUGAAAGAGCGGAGUAUCUCUAGAGUGUAUCUUUUGGGAAUAAAUCGCGUAUAAACGGAGAUCCCUUCAUAGUACUAAUAAUAAAAUCAAUUCUCGUUGAAAUGUGUAGGUACAUUCAUCCAUACAUUAUUUUAGUUCAAAAUAAUAUAAUAUGGCAUAGUUAUUUAAUGAAAUAGAUUUACACUUCUCAGUUAGGAAGUUAUAUAGUUAUUUUUAAAACACUAAUUAUUCGAUGGAUAAAUUGUUCUAUACAUAUUAUUAAUUAUUAUGUAUAUUGUCUUGUAUAAUUUAUAUUUUAUAAGUAAAAUGUAAACGGUGGGGUCAUAAUGUCGUAUCCUUUUUUUUAUAAUCGCAUUCCAUACAGGGAGGACUCGCUGGGGCCUGCGGAACCCGAAACUUACAAUGUCGAUAAUAUUAGACUGUAGUAUCGACAUCGAUAAUUCCGAUAGCUAUCACACCUCUAUUUGUCGAUAUAUUGCAAGUACUUGUAGCGUUCGCCAGUUGCAUAUCGUCCUUAACUUCAACAUGAAUUGCUAUGAUAUAGCCAGCAUUACACCGCAGUGUGAACGCUCGUUUUUCGCUUGUUCUGAGAAAUCACUUUAAUUUCCUUUGAAAGCUUGCAUCACUCCUUACUUAGCAAUUUAUAAUUUAUCUAUAAGAAGGAUAGGUACAGUCGAACACCUUGCGGGAAUGGAAUUUGUGUUGACGCGUCAGUUUUGUAAUACAAGAGAAUUUCUAACACUCCACGCCCAUCGUUGGGAAAAAAAUAUCGAUACGCAAGUGUCACAUAACUUUAUUAAUCAAAGCUUAUAGAUGCAUUUGAGGGCCGUUCCGUGGUACGCGAGCCCCGUUCUAUCAUUUAGUGAUAGUUUUGAUGUCCGUGUAUGUAUGUUGUAGCGUACCACGGAAUGGUUCAAUCUUGAGCGUUGACGCCGCUUCCUAGUUAAAAUUUGUAUGAACCACAAGUUUGGAAAUCCAUGUAAACGGUCAUUUGUUUAACAAAUUACUUGUUUUAUUUAACGUUGUGGUGCAAAGCCUGUUGAGGAAGCGGCACCCGAUAUUGAACUCUAAGCCAACGCAAUAGAGUAGUGGUUGCAAGCAGUUUCCCCGAUAUUGGUUAGUAAGUAGCACUGGCCGUCACUGCUGGCCACGGACGCCGAUCAUGGUAGUAUUGUAUGUUUUUUGUAUUGUGUAAAUAUUUUGGAUUUAUUAAGAAUAUUAUUAUAUUGAUUAAAAAAACAUUGUAAAUGGA